CUGAUGUCAAUGUGCCAUCAUCGAGUCACCAUGAAUGUGCGAGAAGCUUGUUCUAGUAGGCCUAGUGCCUCAUUACCCAACGCUAGGAUCAUCAUGCAGAGAUGUUUGUCUGCGAGACUACAAGUUAAGCCAUCAUCUAAUGACAGUGAUGCAGAAUGGGUAAAUAUUGCCGAGGGCUGUGUAGUCUAUAUAUGUUUUUUAAAAGGUGCAACUUUGGAAACGGUUGAAAAAAUGGCUUCUAUUGUUUUGAACGUGAAACUAAGUGAAACGGCCGAUAAAAAUGUUUCCAUCCUUGAUUUGCCAGGAAGCCUUCUGAUCAUUCCGCAAGCAACACUAGGUGGUAAGGUCAAAGGUAAAACAAUGCAAUACCACUAUAAUAUUGAAAAACAUGCUGGACUUGGGCUCUAUACAGAGUUUGUACGACUCUGCAGACAAGCUAUGGAAAGCAGUGUAAUAGGCAAGGAGGCUGGAUGUACAGUUAAGCACGGAACUUACGGAAAUCGCCAAGUUUUGUCUGUUGAAACAAAUGGACCCUACACCCAUUAUUUUGAAUUUUAAAAUUAACCUUUGAUCAAUAGGAGAGUGUCUAUCAAAAUUGACAGCUGACUAAUCAGGAUGGGGCAAGGAUUGUGAAUUGUCCAUCCAUCUGAUGGAAAAUUUUCUAUUGUAUUCAGAGGCAUAUCCAGAGUUGUUGAAAAAGGGGGCAAAAAGUGGGGCCGAUCAAGGUAGUACUACUACCCUAGGGGGUCCGGGGAAAGCCCCCAAGAAAGUGCUGUGUGACACCUUAAAAUAACCUUUGAGGCGUUUGGGGACGAUCCUUUUUUUUCUUUUUACCAUCUCAACAGAAAAAAAACCGUAACUGCUAUGGACUGCAUUCCUACCACAACAACAAAGCAGUGUAUACAUCAGAUUCCCCUAAGUACACUUGAAUAAAGAACACAAUUUCAAUCAUUUAAUCCAGAUUUAUUUCAAUAUAAAUAUACAAUUUAUACAAUAUGUACAGGUUUUCUUUUGAUUAACCACAUUAAUGUUUUACAUGAUUUUUUCAUGUACUUUUCUGCAUAACAGAAUAGUUCCCCAUAGACCUACGGUCAGUAGUAAAACCAUAAAAAAAUUCUUCGGAAAUCCAAUAAAAAAUUAAUAUACAAUUAGGACUCUAGAAAUCUCAGACUUGUUGCAAGUCUAUUUUUUCUUUUCUACAGCGCAUUUAGGAAACGAAAUGGGUUAGAAAUGAGGCUUUAAACUUUUUCUUCUAUAUCGUGGGUGACUUGUACAAUAGGAAUCUACUUUUAUCCCAUAAGGCCCAUUCAUGCUUUGUAAAGCUGAAAAUCUCCAGUGGCGGUGCGAGAGUUUGAAAUCUGGGAGCGGGGGGGGGGGGAACAAGUGAGGUGCAAAGUACAAUUUUGGGUUUGCCCAAGGUCCCCUGUGAGAGCAAAGUGGGUGUUGUUGGGUGUCGAUUAAAAUACUUAGAAAGUGGUUCAGGGGGCAGGGCCCGAAAAAUGUGACAAUUUAGGGUUUUCAAAAGGUUUACUUAAUCGAUUUCAUAUAUAAAUAGUCUACUUAUAUGUAGAAAAUACAUAUAAUUUUCUUUUUUCCCCGACAAAAUGUGGUUUUCUUCUUUCCUGGGGGGGGGGGGCCUGGGAAGACAAGAACAUUUUCUGGGGGGGGGAAUUCCCCCUGUAACACCGCCACUGCAAAUCUCAUAAUGAGGCUAAAGUCAGGAUUCCAUAAAAUCGAUACACUGUUUCUACAGCAUCUUCACUAUGUUACAUUACAUAGCUGGCCCCAACACCAUCAGGAAGGCUCUCUGAUUUGACCAACCUAGAGUACUAUUUGGACCACAAUGGAAGUAGGCUUGCCUUUUUUGGUACUUUAUUGCGUUUUUAUCCAUGAAUGUUAUUUUGUAUUCAGAAUACAGUGCUGUAAAUAAAAUUUAAAAAUGUUUAAUUAUUAAAAAAUAAAUCAGUGUCUCAGA